ACUAGUCAAACAAAUGGCUUCCGCCGCGAACAGACAGCGUCUGUCUGUCAUUCACUUCAAAAAAUACUUUGGAAUUUCCGUGUGUUUAUUUUAUAAAAUUCAUGUGUAUGUCUAAGUCUGCUAUGUUAUCGUGUGCCUUGAUGAGAAGAUAUUCCAAUUAAUGUAAUUAACAGAGUAUCAAUAAACAUGGAUCAAGACGACGCAGUGAAGUCCGGUCAUUUGUUGUUUCCACCAGCAGGUGGAAAUGUUUUCAGUAAAUUUCCUAAAAAGAAAAACUGGCAUCAGAAGUACUGCAUCCUUUACAAUGCAAGCAAUCAAGGAAUACAGAGACUUGAGAUUUACGACAACAAAGAAGAUGUGAACACUGCUGUCAUACCGAAAAUCAUCACGUUGGAGAACUGUAUCAAAAUAACACAUUCUAGUCCUAAUAUGAUAACUUUACUCACAAAAUCACAUACACAACAAAUUAGUACUCAAAGUGAACCCGAGACCUUAGAAUGGCUGACCGCACUGCAGGCUGUUGCUUUUAGAGCAGCAGACUCAAACCCUGUCAGCUGUCAUGAAGACAAUGACCUGUACUGCUCCUCAGGAGAAGGGGUAUUCUCUGUCAAAAUGUGCCCAUCUGAUGCUUCCACAAGAUGUGGCUUUGAACCAACCAGGUACCUUCUGCUAUUGACUGCUACAGCUAUUGAGCUCCGAGAUGUCAAUGACAAUAAACUAUAUGCAACAUGGCCAUACCGGUACAUCAGAAGAUAUGGCUACAGACAAGGAAAGUUCACAUUUGAAGCAGGUAGAAAAUGUGAUACAGGGGAAGGAAUCUUUCACCUGGAGCAUCCAAACCAAUCUGAGAUAUUCCAAUGUUUGUCAUUAAAAAUGAAAACCAUGAAGCAGAUGAUUGGUAAUGACAACCUGCAUAGCCCAGAGCACAGUGAGUUUAAUAUACAAGCUAGUUUGCUUCCGGGAUCACGAAGCCCAUUAGUUGCAGCCAAACCUGAUGAUCUUAACCUCAGCUCAAUGUCUUUUAAGUCAUCAUCAGUGUCCAGUCAACAAAGCAGCUGCACAGAAAGGGACACUGCUCCACUUAUGCAGAAACCAGCCUUGAAGCCAAAACCACUGAAACCUCCUCGAAAGAUAGUCAACAUUCCGAAAAACAUCAACAAAGUUCUACCAACUUCAUUUGAUGAAAGUAUUGACUGCAAUAAAUAUAAAGUGUUAGAUAAUUAUGAACCUAUAGAUCAAGUCAAGAGGGAUCCUAGUCCGCCAUCAGUGCCAUAUGACAAGGUGGAAGUCAGGAGUGAAGCUUGGAAGACAUAUGGAAUUGAUGACCCUGACCAUAUUGAGUUCACUCCUAAUUUAGGUGACAAUCCUAACUGUUUGAAGUUCAUUUCACGGUCUCAAGAUAACCUGAACAGCAGUGGACCUGAGUCUUCAAGAAUAAUUCUCCUUCCCAGUCCAGCAGUGGACCCUGAAGAUGAGAACUAUGACAGACUGCAGUACUUUGGGUCGACUAGCAAGCUUAGUAACAAGUCCUCUGGUUACAAGAAAAUUGAAGCUCGACCCACAACACUAGCUCUGAGUGAAUUGAAGAGUAAAGACACAUGGAAUGACUAUGAUGAAGUGGAGAAUGUGAUGCAGCCGGCCCGGCUUGCAGAUGACUCACACUUGGGCUACGGAGUGAUCAGAAAACCUAACACUCCUGGCCCCCAAGUGCCAACAGCUGCUCAAGCAGCAGUGCUACAAAACCAAGUGGGCCUUGAGGAUAUCAACCACAAGAAUUGCAAUGGCACCGACUAUGCUAUAGUCAGUCGCCCCAAAAGAGUAUAAAAUGAGCUAAGAUGUAAAGACUGAAAUAAGGUGUAAUGUCCUGUUAUUAAUUGGUACAUUCUUAAAAUGAGACUGUAAUCUUUGAAAUAUUGAAAUUAAGUACAUUCCUUUCAACUUGGAAGACUUUGAUGUAAAAUGCGCAAAUUAUAAUAUUAAUAUCCCAUCAACCAAGUAUCCAUUAUCAACUAAGUAUAAGAAUUUGUGGUAUUACAAUGUGAUUUUAAUGUGCCUUAUAAAUAUUAUGUUUAUAUUUUGUGAGAUAUUUUACUAAGGUGCUCAGAAGAUAUAUGCAUGUUUAAUACUUAACGUUUUUAGUAGGUAGUUUAAGGUUAUAUCUACUUGAAAUGUUUACUUACUGCCUAGUCUAUUGUAAGUUUUGCUACAAGUUGGUGUAUUUUUAUCCCAUGUGAUUAUUGUAAACUGUUUGUAUAAUUAAGUAAUAGGGAACUGAAGUUUUUAAUUACCUAAUAUCUUAAAAUGCUUGUGAUAAUCAGAUAACCAUGUACAUAAAAGUUACGAAGAUGUUACAUAAUGGUGCCAAUUUUAUACAAUACAUAUUUUAAGGUUUUAUAUUUAGUUCGUAUGAAAUCAAAUUUAACUGCAUACAACCAGAUAAUCAAGUAAGAUUGGCCGUGUAUAAGAUGAUUUAGAUUUGUAAUCUCAGUUAUGUUAUGAAUUGAUUAUUUUAAUUUCAUUAAAGCUUACACAUGUAAUCACUU